UUAUUUUACUUCCGGCACGUGAAUGAUGUCAUCGUCAAUCUCAGGCAGGUGCUUUGUUUACAUUUUGCACGCUGUAGCUGUCAAAAUAAAAUAUGCGUCAGAAACAGGUUUGCCCUGUUAAGUCAUCUGCUACAUACCGCCUGUAUUCUCCAACAGCACUGACAAAUGCUUACCAAGCUGUCAUGGACAAGGGCAUGCCGGUGAAGACUGCAGCAAGGCAGUAUGCUGUGCCACAUAACACCUUGAGAGACAGAGUUAAGGGCAGAGUUGAUCCAGAGACAUUAAAGUCCGGACCCCCACCAUUGUUCAGUGUGGAAGAAGAAGCUGAGUUUGUGAAACAUUUAACUGAUAUGGCUAAACUAGGGUAUGGAUAUACAGUCCAAGAAAUAGUUGACAAGGCUUCAAACUAUGCAGUUCAUUUAAAACAUAGAAGCAGAGAUAAACCAUUAACAAUUAGGUGGUUUGCUGGAUUCAAAGACAGGUGGAACCUGAAAGUAUUGAAACCACGUUCUCUGAGUAACUGCCGUGCUUUGUCUCUGAAUGAAGAAGUUGUUGCAGAGUAUUUCCAAAAUCUGGAGACUGUCAUGAAAUGCAAUGAUCUGAUGGACAAACCAGAGUAUAUAUAUAACUUUGAUGAGAAAGGAGUACAAACUGAGCAUGCUCCGCCAUACAUUGUAACAGCUAUGUCCAGAACAGAAGCAAUCAACUCAACAAGGUCUUCUAUAACUACAAUACUUGGCUGUGGGAAUGCUCUUGGCACACAAAUCCCACCAUUCUUUGUAUUUAAAGGGCAAAGAAUGAGGAAAGAACUCCUUGAGGGAUCAACACCGGGCUCUAGUGGCACAGUUACUGAUUCCGGUUGGUCAAACUCUGAUGUGUUCCUUGAAUAUCUACAGGAACAUUUCAUCAAAUAUGUACAACGUGGAAACAAGGAACAGCCAUUGCUACUUAUUUUUGAUGGACACAGAUCACACAUCAACAUGCCAGUUAUUGAAUGGGCACAACACAACAACAUUUUGCUCUUUGUGUUUACCAGCACACACAAGUCAUGCACUGCAGCCACUUGAUGUUGGCUGUUUUGGCCCGUUGCAAAAGAUUUAUAACUAUGAGUGCCAUAAAUUUCUCAGAGAAUGCCCAGAGACAAAAAUCACUCGGUAUAAUGUUGCAGCGCUUGGGUCUUCAUCUUAUGUCAAGGGCUUGUCUAAUUCAAACUUGAGGUCAGCAUUUGAGAAGACGGGCAUAUACCCUUUCAACCCAAGUGCAAUCAGCAAUGACCAGUUUGCACCAUCAAAGCCUUACUCAGAUGAAUUGAAACUCACUGAAACCCAAGAGAGUACUGCAAAUUGCCAACAUGGAAAUGAAAACACAUGUAGGGAAUUCUUCAGAGCAGCAGAAGAGUUUGUGGAGAAAAAAAAGGUGACAUAUAACAGUAAAAAACACAAUAAAGGUAUAAGUGGUGUUGUAGCUGGAAAGGAAAUAACAAAUCAUAACAUUGUAAAUGAAAUAGCUGAAAUUCAAAAGUCAAAGCCUAACAAGCAAAAGCAGAAAAUGUCAAAGAGUCUGAGUGCAUCUAGUUCAGAACCAAAGAAAAGGAUGACAAGUAAAGUACCCUCUGUGUCUGAACAUGUUGAAAGAAAGAAAAGAAAACUUGACUCUGCAGCUUCAUCACAAAAACCAGGUCCAUCUGGAUGCCAGAUUAUUCCAGUUAGUGACAGUGAGUCUGACCUUUCAGCUGAAGAGGAGAUGUCUGCAGAUGACUUGUGCUGUGUAUGCAAGCAAUUCCAGCCAAAGGAAAUGAAAAACUGUGUAUCUC